GUCAUAGGUCACUGGGCGGGCCAUGGGCGGGGCCGGCGGCGCCAGCCGGGGCCGAGCGGAGGUGGCCGGAGUAGUCAGUAGUGUGAUGGCGGCGGCUGUGAUGACGGCGGCUGCGGCAGUCCCGGCCCCGGCGCCGGCGGCCGGCGCGGAUGGCGCCUCGUCAGUGCACUGGUUCCGCAAAGGGCUGCGGCUCCACGACAACCCGGCGCUGCUGGCGGCCAUGCGCGGGGCGCGCUGCGUGCGCUGCGUUUACAUCCUCGACCCGUGGUUCGCGGCCUCCUCCUCAGUAGGGAUCAACCGAUGGAGGUUCCUACUUCAGUCUCUGGAAGAUUUGGACACAAGUUUAAGGAAACUGAACUCCCGCCUGUUUGUAGUCAGGGGACAGCCCGCUGACGUGUUCCCAAGGCUGUUCAAGGAAUGGGGGGUAACCCGCCUGACCUUUGAAUAUGACUCCGAACCCUUUGGGAAAGAACGGGAUGCAGCCAUCAUGAAGAUGGCCAAAGAGGCUGGCGUGGAGGUGGUGACUGAGAAUUCUCAUACCCUCUAUGACCUGGACAGGAUCAUUGAGCUGAAUGGGCAGAAGCCACCUCUUACCUACAAGCGCUUUCAGGCCAUCAUCAGCCGCAUGGAGCUGCCCAAAAAGCCAGUGGGCUUGAUGACCUGCCAGCAGAUGGACAGCUGCAGGGCCGAGAUCCAGGAGAACCAUGAUGAAACCUACGGCGUGCCCUCCCUGGAGGAGCUGGGGUUCCCCACCGAAGGACUUGGCCCAUCUGUCUGGCAAGGAGGAGAGACAGAAGCUCUGGCCCGCCUGGAUAAGCACUUGGAACGGAAGGCCUGGGUUGCCAACUAUGAGAGACCCCGAAUGAACGCCACCUCCCUACUGGCCAGCCCCACAGGCCUCAGCCCCUACCUGCGCUUCGGUUGCCUCUCCUGCCGCCUCUUCUACUACCGCCUGUGGGACCUGUACAAAAAGGUGAAACGGAACAGCACACCCCCCCUCUCCCUGUUUGGGCAACUCCUGUGGCGAGAGUUCUUCUACACCGCAGCCACCAACAACCCAAGGUUUGACCGCAUGGAGGGGAACCCCAUCUGCAUCCAGAUCCCCUGGGACCGCAACCCUGAGGCACUGGCCAAGUGGGCCGAGGGCAAGACAGGCUUCCCUUGGAUUGAUGCCAUCAUGACCCAACUGAGGCAAGAGGGCUGGAUCCACCAUCUGGCCCGGCAUGCUGUGGCCUGCUUCCUCACCCGUGGAGACCUAUGGGUCAGCUGGGAGAGCGGGGUCCGGGUAUUUGAUGAGCUGCUCCUGGAUGCAGAUUUCAGUGUGAACGCAGGCAGCUGGAUGUGGCUGUCCUGCAGUGCUUUCUUCCAACAGUUCUUCCACUGCUACUGCCCUGUGGGCUUUGGCCGCCGCACGGACCCCAGUGGAGACUACAUCAGACGAUACCUGCCCAAAUUGAAAGGGUUCCCCUCUCGAUACAUCUAUGAGCCCUGGAAUGCCCCAGAGUCGAUUCAGAAGGCAGCCAAGUGCAUCAUUGGUGUGGACUACCCACGGCCCAUUGUCAACCAUGCUGAGACCAGCCGGCUCAACAUUGAGCGAAUGAAGCAGAUCUACCAACAGCUCUCACGUUAUCGAGGACUCUGUCUGCUAGCAUCUGUCCCUUCCUGUGUGGAAGACCUCAGCCACCCUGUGGCAGAGCCCAGCUCAAGCCAACCUGGGAGCAUAAGCAGUGCAGGCCCAAGACCAGUGCCCAGUGGCCCAGCAUCCCCCAAACGCAAGCUGGAAGCAGCUGAGGAGCCACCUGGUGAAGAUCUCAACAAACGGGCCCGGGUGGCAGAGUCGCCAGCCCCAGAGCUGCCGAGCAAGGAUGUCUGACUGCAGAGUCGUUGCUCCGUGAGCAAAGUCUGAGUGCCUGAGCAGCCGCCACGGCAGCAGAGCACAGCCUGCGGAGAAGCUGGUCACCGACAGAGAUUGAGCAACGUGUGUGCGUGUGUGUGCACGUGUGUGCGCGUGUGCAGAGGAAGGAGUGGUGUGCCUGUUUGCGUGUUCAUGCAUCUGUUUAUACUCUCGUGACCCUGGAGGUUGCCUGGACUGGAGAACUGCCUAUAGCAUGCUUCGCCACAAGUGCUGUUUCCCAGCCUCAGACAGAAGGCUAGAGGUCAUGGCAGUGACUUUCAGCCAGCACAUGUCCCUGUGAGCCAGCUGUCUUGUCUGAAGAGAACGUAGUGGUGGGACCCUAGCUGGGAUUCCGGCAUCUGCCUCCCUACACCUAUCUCCUUUCUCACAUCAGACUAAAGAGCAGAAGGGCGACAUUUUUACCUUUUUUUUUUUUUUGAAGCAUGGGAUUCUAGAGGCAGCCAAAGUCCUACUGACUUCCCUCUUUCUGACGCUAGAGGCUGGGCAGGCUUAGCCACCUGGCCUUGCUUCUUUCUUAUUUUCAAAUUCCCUGCCACUGUGUCCACCAGACCCUUCCUUGGGCAUCUGGGACUGGGCACAAAACUGUAGACAGAUCUGAAAAGUUUUCACCAUCGUACAGAAGUACCUAGAUACCUGACUGGAGUGCUGUGCACCCAGUUCUGUUGAGAGUAGCCUCAGACAACCACAUCUGCCUUUUCAGGGCUUGGAACCUAAGGUUAGGAAUAGAAUCCCAGCUCUCUCACUGUUAUUUCCCCAGAGGCUAAGAGCCAGCCUCAGAGCUUACCCAGGAGCUGCAGAGGGGCCAGGGUCAGACUGGGGCCCUAUACCAGGAGGUGACCAGGUCCCCAGGUGGCUUAAGGCCCCCUGGCUCCUCUGGCCAUGCUCCAAAGCACCACAGUGCUGCCAGUGAGGAUGACCAACACCCAGCAGGGAAGCCAUUCUAGUCUUUUUUUUUGUAGGUUUCCAGGCUGGCCUGCCCCAGCUUGGUUAGCAUCCAAGCUGCUUUGUCAGCUACCCCUGUAGCUGGGCUCCAAGGACUCAGGCAGAGGGACUCAGGGGUGGGGACUGCCAGGGGCAUUUGGCUAAAGUCCAGGUAGAGAUCACACCAGCACACCAUCCCUUCCAGAAGCAGCAGGUGGGAGUUUUGACCCAGAGAAGCCAACCCUUGCAUUCCAGGAGUGGCCUGUGCCUCCCACCACCCCUCCCACUGUCAAAGACUUGUGUUGUGAGAGACAUAAUGAAAAAAAAGACUGUGUUCAACUGGAGCAAGUCUUCCACCCUGUGGUCUGCACUUGAGCCACAAAGAGAGUGUGUGUGUGCAUGUGUGUGCGUGCAUGUGUGUG